CUCUUUCUCAUAAACUACUUGCUUUUUCCCCCUCCCAUGAAGCGGUUGUUACAUUCUAACGGUCGCUUUGAUUCAUCUUUCUCCUUCUUCUUCUCACAUUUAACUCCUUUCACAAUCUUUCAGCGACCAAUUCACGACACGACACACUACUUGCUUUCUUCUCUCUAAGUAAGGAAAACAGAAUUUAUUGGAAUUUCUUAUAUGUGAAAAGAAAUGGACAAGGUUUAUGAAGAGCUGGAUGAAGCUAAGACUGAGAUUGAGAAACUGAAGGCAGAAUUAAGGGCCAAAACAGAUUCCCUUGAGAAUUUGAAAAGAUCCCUUAAUGCACAAGUCAAUCAGACACAAGAAGCAAAGUUAAAAUCCGAGAAGUUGGAUCAGGAACUGCUUCAAAAAGCUGACGAAAUCGACGAGGCAAAGACUUUGUACGAAGAUCUGAAAGUGAAAUGGAAAGAACGAGAGUCUAUCAUCAAACGUCUCAGUGCUGCAAAUGAUAAACUUCGAGUGGAUUGCGAUGGAAAGAUUAAAAGGUUGGGAGAUGAGAAAAGAGGGUUGGUAUUGGCCUUAGAAGAGGCAAAUGACAAGGCAGAGAAUCAAGAACAACAAAUUUGUCAAUACAGAAAAGAAAUUGAAAGUCUGAAAAGUUGUCUGGCAGUUUCAAAGAACAAGUGUUUGGAAACGCGGAAAAAUUUAAAAUCAUCCAAAGAACCAAGUGAAAGAGAUGACAUGUUUCAGAAGUUGGAGGAGGAAAAAGUGAAGUUAGAAGAUCAAUUAAAAUGGAAGAAGGAGCAGUUUAAACAUCUAGAAGAAGCAUAUGAAAAACUUAAAGGCCAGUUUAAGUCUAGCAAGAAGGAAUGGGAGAUGGAAAAAUCUACAUUGCUUGAUGAGAUGUCUUCACUUCAGAUUAAGUUAGAUUCUCAGAUCAGAAUAUCGGAAGAUCUUCAACAUCAAUUACAGACCUGCCACCAAGCUCUUGCUCAUGUAGAAAGCCAAAAAAAGAGACUCGAAGUCGAAGUCUCAGAUUUUAGACUGCAGCUUGAAAAUGCUGGUUGUGACUACCCGGAUGCUAGAUUUCAGCUUGAUUGCUUAAACUCCAACCGGGACAAAGAUGUUGCCGAUUUGAGAUAUUCACUGAAAACCAAAGAGGCAUAUAUUAAAGAAGCGAAGUACAUAAUCGAGAAACUAGAGCAAGAAAAUCAGGAGUUAAGGAUGUCACUCAAAGAACUACAGGAAGCUCAAAUUCAAGAAGCAGGAGCUUCAUAUUCGCAGUCGAAGUUGAGGACUAAGCUCAGAAAUUUAGAACGAACACAUAAAGAGUGUGCCUCAACUCUUACGGCUAGAGAAAUCGAAUGGAACUCAAUGAUAGAACAAUCGACCAGAGAUCUGAAUGGUUGUCGGUCUGAGUUGGAAGCUAAAAUCACAGCAGUGGAAGAGCUUCAGAUGGAGUUGGAAAAGUCUCAUUGUCAAAGCAUUGACAUGAGCUUGGUGAAUGAGGAAAUGUCUGUGAUGCUGCUAGUGUUAAAAGAGGGAAUUUAUGAGGCUCAAUUAAAGCUUGCCAACGAAAAAAAUGAGGUGGAUCUAAUCAACAAAGAGAAUGAAGAGAAGAUUUUCCAACUGAUGAAGCAGUUGGAGAUGAAAGAUGAUGCUUUGAUCGGUGUUCAGAAAGGCUUCAAUGAAGAACACGAGAAAGCAACGUGUUUGAUGAGGGAGGUUGUUGAGUCCUAUGAUGGAUCCAAUAAUGAACUGCAGCACUCAAUGCAAAAUGAAAUCUAUAGGUACAAGAAAAUGCUGGAGGAAUCAACUGUGCGACAUCGGAUCCUUGAAGAGAAAAUGUUGCAGAUGGAAUGUGAUUCAAAAGAACAUCUUAUACAAACACGUGAAGCUUUAGACAUUGCUAUCAUUGAAUUGGAUGAUAUAAUUUGUGAAAGAAAUGAAAUGGAAUUUGAAUUGCAAAUAUGGAAGUCAAUUGCCGAACGUUUGAACAACGACCUCGAAGAAAGUCAUUUGACGCGUAAAGAACUAGAAACUUCACUUCUUGCACAAGUAGUUGUUAGUGAAAGCCUCAAGCAAGAGAAAAACAAGGUUGUAGAGGAGCUUCAAAAAGAGGUUGUUUUACUUGAACAAGAAUCAUUUAGAAGAGAAUUUGAGAGUGUUGUGAUUGCAAAAGGUGUCAUGGAAACAACCUAUGAUGCUUUGCUUCAGAAACUCAAAAUGGAGAAAAGAGAUUUACUUGAAGAUGCAUCAAAACUUUCAUUAGAAAGGGAAAACAUGUUGGCUUUUGUUCAAGGGUUGGGUGAUAGAAUCUACGAGUUCUCUAAUGCAGACACUCAAUUGAGAGACAUGUUGAGAAGCAUGGAGCAAAUUGAUGUAAUGAAGUUGAAAAGGGAUGAUAGUUUCUUUGUUAAAGAGAAUAUGGUAGUUCAAGUUUCUCCUACUAGUAUAAAGAAAGUUGAAGCUAUUUCUGAUGUAAGAUCUCCAUUCAAGGAGCUUAAUAGUUAGUUGAAAUGGUGAGAUAGUUGCUAGAGGAAUAGGAUGUGUGAAACAAAAACGUCAUGCAGUUUUGAAGCAUGACAGUUUUUUCUUUGGAUUGUAUAUUGAAUUCAUUUGUAUCCUUAUAUGUACACUUGUUUUUUUUCUUCAA